GAGUGUCUCCCUCUCUUCACUUUCCCCACUCCGCGUAUACGAAUAAGACAUAUCCGGUGACUUGAUUCCAAGCUCGAAGUAAGUGAGCUCCUUCGGUCUCGUCUCUGACUCAGUAGUAGGUGGACAGUCGUCGACGUCGGUUCGCGUGUUUCGCGCUUGCCUUAGACGAAAAUUGCUACGUGAUAUAUAUAUAUAUAUUAUAUAUUAUAUAUAUAUAUAUAUGUAUAUAUCCUCCGUUCGCAAGAAAAAAAAGUUUCUCGAAGUUCCGCGCGAAAGAGUCGACUUAGAACAGUGUCUUAGCAUACUAAUUACGGAUCAUGUGCGUCAUGUUGCCGAUGCUGCAGGAAAAUUCUUUAUUCCCGUUCAAUCCCAGCCUGGAUGAAGAAAUUAAGCGGCUGUUCGACGUCGCUGUAAGCAAAAAUCCAGCGCCGAAUGUCGAGGAAGUAAUGGAAGAUUUUCGACAUAACGGUCGUGACUUUGAGUAUUGUCCAGAUCACGAUAUGGACGAAACCAGGCAGAUUGUGCCCCGUCGAAAGAAGAACAAGAAGCCUUUACCAAAAGAAUGCGUCUUUUGCAGAAAUAACGGGGAGGAAGAGGCUUAUUAUCGAGAGCAUUUGCUAAAAGAUAUCGAUGGUCGUGUCAUUUGUCCCGUUCUCAGGGCUUAUACGUGUCCGAUUUGUGGUGCAUGCGGCGAUGGAGCACACACAGUUAAAUAUUGUCCAAAGGGUCCGUAUUACAAUUCCUGUACAAUGAGUAUGUCGAAUACCUUCAAGAUGCAGAGAAACUCGACGGGAAAACGUCGUAAAACACGCGACAUAAUCCAUAUGGGAGGACAUUCCAUCCGAGAAGCUUAUAUUUAGUUUCAUCGUCUACGCUUGACAAAUAUCUCACGAAGUAACAAUAUCAUCUAAGCCCGAAAUUUUCAAUGGGAAGAAAUAAAAGAAGCGAGCGUUUUUGAGUAUAUACACAUUAACUGCUGACAAAGGCUGUCCUCGCAUAUGUACGUUCAUAUGGCGCAAUUAAUUCUUAAGCUAAUCUAAAUUCAUAGAUUUCUCUUAGAUUUAUAUAUUUUUGUACUUAACAUUUACACUCGUCUAUGCAGACGAAUACUGACACUCGACGUGAUCUCGCAUUCUCGAAAAUACGCUGAAACAUCGCGGUUCUAAAUUGAGAUCGAUAUGUGACUUUAGUUAGUCUUGUCGCGUUGCCCUUCCGUAUUCUUUCCGCAUUCGUAAUUCAUCCUAUCUCUUUCGCCUCGUUUCUAUUUGUGAUGCAUUUCAUGUUCAUAAUGCAGUGAUAAAGAAAAAUGUACUAUGCUGAUGAAAUAUAAAUUUCGAUUUUUAGAGCAAGAAAAAGUUUCGCGUACUUCGAGAUUUGCGCGAUUGGAUAAAUUCAGUGACAGCACAUUCACAUCAGUUUUGCGACACGUCUUGAUUUUAAGAUUAAACGCGAUUUUUUUACACGAUCGCGACAUACUUUUGCGAUGAUUUCUUAAGUACUAGAGAGAUUCAAUGUGUCAUUUGACGAAUAAGUACACAAAGAUAUUUUUUUCUGGGAUAUUAAAUAUUUCUUAAGAAAAGUAUGCCUAUUAAUUGUCGAUAACAUACUGAGUCACAUUGAAAUAAUUGGGAAUAAAAGGAACUUAGUUGCUUUUAAAAUGAUUAUAACAAGAAAGUGCCUAAUUGAGUUUAUUUAAUAUUAUUAACGCACGCGUUUACGAUUUAUUUUUGUGAUUAUUUCUUAAGCAGUUAAGUAGUUAUUUGUAAUGAGAUUACGCAUUCCAAAGAUUCUCGAUUUAAGUAUUUGAAGAAUUCAUGGGAAGAAUACAAUAAGUUCGUAAUUUGUAAUUUUUUUUAGAUACGCAUUUGUAUUUGAAAUGGGGUUUUACAAAUUAUGAAUAUAUCUUUAUAUAUUGUAUGAUUCUUUUUCUGAAUUCGUCAUUUUGAUUCCUAAUAUGUUGCAUAUAUUUCUACUACUAUUUUUUUUUACCAAGAAUAUGAAAAAGUCAAUAUGAUGUAUGACGAUUAGCGUGACAUAUAACAAUACGUAAGAUAUUUUAGACGUUAUAUAAAGAUAUGACAAAUUUUGUUACGCUUUCUUUAAUUUUGAUAUUCUUGAAUGCAUAUUUCAUCAAGUUACAAUUCAAUUAAAAAAAAAAAUUGUGCAAAAUGCAACAUGACAACAUAAAAUUUCAAUGGAUUUGGACGAGAAUUUUACCCACAAUUUAUUAAUUGCAUAUGUCCAUAUAAGAACAUCGCGUUUCUUCAUUCAUCCCGAUUUCGAAAUGACAGAAUAAUGUAAUCUUUUGAAAAAGAAUCUUAUAUAUAACUUUGUGUUUAGAUAUUUCAGUAUUAUAUACCUAUCGUACUACAUUAGCUUUUUAUUUUCUAUUUGAAUAUCUUUCUUCUCCAUAUAUAAUCUAAAGAUAAUUAAUACCAAAUUAUUCUAAUCACGAAUAACGUAUGUCUUUAUUUUAAUUUAUUUUAAUUUAUUUUUCAUUAUGCGACUUUUAGAGAGAGAGAGAAAACGUUUCGACAAUUAUAUGAUUUAUCAUAAUUACUUCAUAAUUUACAAUUGAUAGUUGAAUCAGUGUUAAUUGAAACUAUCGAUAAAUUUUGAAAAUAUUGUUUUUCCUCUUUCCAAUGAAACGUUGUGAUGAUAACAUAUGUGCCUUAUAAGAUAUUCUAUUUUUAUAAUUUUACGAUAUAGGUUGAUGAGAUAUAUAAUAUAAUAAGUAUAGUAUAUACCAUAUGAGAAAUAACUCAGGAUAUAUGCACAUUUUAUUGUGUUUUUACUUUAAAAUGUGCAUUUUAAAAAUAUAAAGUCUUAUCGACCGACAUCGAAUGUUUUCAAUAUAGCUAAUAAGAGAUGAUCGAUAACGAUCAUCGUAAUCUUAUACGAGCAUCAACGUGAGCAAUAAUAUUAAUUUAUACAUCUUGUAGCAUUAGAGAUGUAUAUUUUAUGUGCUUACGAAUUAUCACCGCAAUACGUGUAUGUUUUUUUUUAUAUGUGUGUGAAAGCGUGUCCUUUACGUGAUAUGAAAAAUCUGUAAUAAUAAUCGAUAUAAGAAUUGUAAAAAUAAUCUUUUCUCAAAAAUUACAUGUCUAAAUAUAUUUCCGUGGAUAUUUUAUUUAUUUUGCUUCACCAGCUGAUACAAAACGGUCUGUUCUCAAUUUUGUAUAUUAUAUGUGUUUAUUGCCAUAUUCAGAGAAUAUUGGAACUGUUGUCACUGUCAGUCUCGCUACGAUCUUGUCAAGGCCGUCGAAACAAAAGCUGUUGCCGAAACGGUAUUUCUUCGUGUUUAUACAUACGUAGGCUUUUACUUCGAAGGUUUGAUAAUUCGUAGAAGGCGAAUGCUUUUUUGCAGUUGACGCUUCUUUCCGCUAUUUCUCAAAAAUUCGCGAAAGGACACGCUUUUACAUUUUCUCGGCAUGUAAUUUGUAUACAUAUCGAAACUGUCUAAAAUAAUUAAAAAGAAAUGAUACUUGUUCAGAAAGUUUUAACGAUUUAAAAAUUCUCCCGAGGGACAAAAACUCAUGUGAUUGAAAAUUAAAUGUAUCAGCUAUUGUGUUGUAUCAUCUUUUUACCGCAUAAAAUAUAAUAAUAUAUAAUUUGUA